GUCUCACCGAUCUUGUCUUCAAUUACUUACCUAUCAAUGUCCGAGUUAACAGCAUAUGAACUUGAGCGUGAAGCCAACAUCGUGCGCAACCGCGCGCUCCUUGAGGAGCUUGAUCUCAAGGAUGCCGUCACUCAACUCGGCAUUCCGCUCAAGCCCAAGCCUGCCACCAGAACGAGAGCGAAGCCUAUCCAACCUGCGAAGACAGUGAAACGAGCGCGCGAAGUUGUAGAGGCGCCUCGUAGGCAGAGUGCACGUCUCAAGAAAGAGGUCGUGGAUCCAAAUGAAACUGCUGCCCAGAAGAAGCAGCGGGAGGAAGAACAAAAGAAAAGACGCCAAAUCGAAGAGCAAGAACGCCUCGAGGCUGAGGAGAAAGCUCGUCUUGCAAAACGCCCCAGACAUCAAGAACUGGAUCUUACUACGUUAGGGGAAAAACUAGAGGAGCCAGAACUCAGCUCACUCCGAUCGUCUUUGCAAGCUGUCACAAAUGUCCCAUUACCAAAACGCACCGCAGAUGCGGAUGCAUUUGUAUUCGAUGAAGACCGGAAGGAUGAAGAUGAAGUCAAAGAAUUGAGAGAAAAACUUCAGAAGCUGAGGGUAGUGUCUCGUGCCAAGGUGACUGUAGACAGAGUCUACAGCGCUGCCUACCACCCUGAUGCUACCAAGGAUCUAGUGUUCUUUGGAGACAAGCACGGUCAAAUUGGAAUAUGGGAUGCCAGAGCUCCCGUAGAUGAGGUUGAAGAUGAAGACGGCGACAUCUCUGCAGACCAUAGAGAGGGCGGGAAACAUUGGCGCCUCCAGUGUCACUGGCCAGCUUCUUCGACAUCGUCAAUAUCUUCCCUAAAAUUCGACCCGGUUGAUGCGCAUAGUCUAUUUACGACCUCAUACGAUGGCACAAUACGCCGAUUUUCUUUCGUCUCUGGGAUUUCGCAAGAGAUAUUCUCUUCAGAAUACCUCAUCACAAGCAUAGACCUUCCAGUCGGUGGCCACGAAAUGUGGAUAUCCGACGAUUCCGGCGGCCUUACCCACCUUGAUCUCAGGGAACCCAAAGACAAAGCCUGUUGGUAUGGUCUGUCAACUGCAAAAAUUGGCACCGUUAGCAUUAACCCGACAAGUCCGCAUUUCUUGCUCACGGCGUCGAACAGCCGUGAAUUGAAACUUGGCCCAUUCAAAGAAGGAAAGGGUGUUGUUCGCGGUAUAUUCCAACAUGGAAAAUCGGUGAGCUCAGCAUAUUGGGACCCGAGAGGGAGAAGCAUCGUCAGUACGAGCUAUGACGAUGUAAUCAGACAAACUGACGGGUUUACAGUAUGGGAUUUGGAUGUUGCGAAGUACAGUUCAUCACCCGCUUUCCCCUCCUUCACGCCAUUCCGCGGGAUGAAACACAACUGUCAGACAGGCAAAUGGGUGACUAUCCUUCGUGCGGUCUGGAAUCCCAACCCAGACGUGUUCCCCCACUUCACAAUCGGGAAUAUGAAUCACACUGUGGACAUAUAUUCAUGCAAGGGACACUUGAUUGCAAGACUCAAAGACAGUCGAAUUACUGCUACACAAGCUGUAACAUGUUCCCCACCAAGCGUUGUCGAAAGAUGUGCAACAGGAAACGCAAGUGGGCUUGUUUGUGUACUCUGGGCACCACCAGAUGUAGAGUGACAGUAUCUAGUUCACCCCGUUGUAUGCCAUUUACUCCUUUUAUAGCACCUAGGUGAAUCAAUUCUGUCACUGCAAAUGGUGAAAGCCCAUCUGCCCUGGGGUUACGAAUAUCGGGAAGUGUCUAACCAUUUGGGUUUCAAAGAGAUGUCUCACAGUCGCCUACUUCAGUAACUCGUAAGGCAUCUAAAGUUGAAGGCAGGCGUUGUGCCAGGCUUCAGAAGGCGUCAAUGUAGGCCCUUUUUACUCCCGACUUUCUCCUCUUUGCACCUCCCUCAAGGACUAUCACAGAAACGAACACCCGAAGCUGCCCGACACUUGUAUGUACUCGAAUAAUCUUCUGCGUCAGG